CGCUUGCCCCGCCCUCGGCACUCCCAGGGCCCCGCCUCCGAGGAUCUCCCUCCCACUCCCACACCGCUUUAUAAAAUGGGGCGUUGGGUGCAACCGGGAAAAGCUGAUCGACUGGGAGCUAGCUCCAGGCCCUCUUCUGCAAAGCAGCAAGUCUAAGCCUAAGCCGACUCUCCCAGAAUUCCAGCUACUGGGUCUCGAACCCCUGAGUUCAGAAGUCCUAGCAUCGCCGCACCCAAGGUCACCCCCGGGAAUCAUGCGCUGUGCUCCAACCGCAAGCGCAGCCCUGGUGCUGUGCGCAGCUACCGCGGGGCUGUUGAGCGUGCAGGGUCGCCCUGCACAGCCAGAACCGCCGCGCUUCGCGUCCUGGGAUGAGAUGAACUUGCUGGCUCACGGGCUGCUGCAACUCGGGCACGGACUGCGCGAACACGUGGAGCGCACCCGUGGGCAGCUAGGCGCACUGGAACGCCGCAUGGCUGCGUGCGGUAACGCUUGUCAGGAACCCCAGGGGAAAGAUGCACCUUCUAAAGACCCUGAGGGUAGAGUCCCUGGCAGCGAGGCGGCUCCUGAGACUCUGCAGAGUUUGCAGACACAGCUCAAGGCUCAGAACAGCAAGAUCCAGCAGCUGUUCCAGAAGGUGGCCCAGCAGCAGAAACACCUAGCAAAGCAGAAUCUGAGAAUACAAAAUCUUCAGAGUCAGAUUGACCUCCUGGCCCCCACACACCUAGACAAUGUGGUGGCCAAGACUUCAAGAGGAAAGAGGCUUCCCAAGAUGGCCCAGCUCAUCGGCCUGACUCCCAAUGCCACCAGAUUGCACAAACCUCCCCGGGACUGCCAGGAACUCUUCCAAGAAGGGGAGCGGCACAGUGGACUUUUCCAGAUCCAGCCUCAGGGAUCCCCGCCGUUUUUGGUCAACUGUGAGAUGACUUCAGAUGGAGGCUGGACAGUGAUUCAGAGACGCCUAAAUGGCUCUGUGGACUUCAAUCAGCCCUGGGAAGCCUACAAGGAUGGCUUCGGAGAUCCCCAAGGCGAGUUCUGGCUGGGCCUGGAGAAGAUGCACAGCAUCACAGGGGACCGAGGCAGCCAGAUGGCUGUGCAGCUCCAGGACUGGGAUGGCAAUGCCAAAUUGCUCCAGUUUCCCAUCCACUUGGGGGGCGAGGACACAGCCUACAGCCUGCAGCUCACAGAGCCCACAGCCAGUGAGCUGGGUGCCACCAAUGUCUCCCCCAAUGGCCUUUCCUUGCCCUUCUCUACCUGGGACCAAGAUCACGACCUGCGAGGGGACCUCAACUGUGCCAAGAGCCUCUCUGGUGGCUGGUGGUUUGGCACCUGCAGCCACUCCAAUCUCAAUGGACAGUACUUCCACUCCAUCCCACGGCAACGGCAGCAGCGCAAAAAGGGGAUCUUCUGGAAAACGUGGAAGGGCCGCUACUACCCACUUCAGGCUACCACCCUGCUGAUCCAGCCCAUGGAGGCCACAGCAGCUUCCUAGCCUCCUCAUUGGAGCCUGGUCCCACACCUAAGAGGACAGUGACUUUGCUUGUGGCCCUAAGAUAUGGCCACUCUCUGUUGGGGACAGGAGCUCCCAGUGGGGCUACCUGGAAUCAGAGAAGAGGCCCAUGACUGGAGAGACUGGAGGACCCCUUUUCCGUGUUGGGGGUCUGCACGUAUUGUCUGAAACAGAGCAACAAGAAACAAAUGGCCCAGACCCAGGGAGCAUGGGCUCAAGGGGCAUUGAGACUCACUUCUUGCCUGCCAGAGAAGUCGGGGAUGCGGAGGGACCACGCGGGUCCAACUAGCUGGGCCCUUAAGUGGCAGACUCAGUCAUAUUGACUGUCCGGGAGACAGGGUUCCCAGGAGCCCUGGAUUUGAUACUCAUGGUGCUGCUGUGGGUGCUGUGGAUGAAUGGGUGCCAACUGUGGUUUCUGGGCACAGCUCACAGCAUUCUUGGAAUAAAAACAACC